AUGGCGAGAAUGGUGACCUCGGCUACUCGACCACACCAGUUCUCGAGCAAGGCCGCGGGCGAAUCUCUCUUAGACUCCUGUCCUCCGUCAGCGGAACACUCGGCAGGCAUGCAGACUCCAGACUGGGGCGCCCUCGAGGCCGUGGACGGCGUGCGUUUAUCAUGGAACGUCUGGCCCAACUCCAGGAUGGAGGCACAGAAGUGCGUCGUUCCCUUCGGCGCGCUGGUCACCCCGCGCAAGGUUCUGCCCGAGAUGCCCGUCGUGCCCUACGAUCCCGUUCGGUGCAAGGGUUGCGCGGCGUGCCUCAACCCGUACGCGCGGGUGGACUUCAACGCGAAGCUGUGGAUCUGUCCCUUUUGCUACACGCGAAACCACUUUCCCCAGCACUACGCGUCCAUCAGCGAGACCAACCUCCCCGCCGAGCUGUUCCCCACCUACACCACCAUCGAGUACCAGCUCCAGAGGCCCGCGGCGUCGCCGCCGGCGUACAUGUUCGUGGUGGACGUGUGCCUCAUCGAGGAGGAACUCGGCGCGCUGAAGCAGUCCCUGACGCAGGCGCUAUCGCUGCUGCCGGAGAACGCGUCCGUGGGUCUGAUCACGUACGGGACGCACGUCCACGUCCACGAGCUCGGUUUCGACGAGUGCCCCAAAUCGUACGUGUUCCGAGGGUCCAAGGAGUUCACGUCGCAGCAGAUCCAGGAUCAGCUCUUCCGAUCGACCGGCGGAGCGAGGCCGAGGCCCGGGCAGCAGCAGACGAACGGUGCCGCGGUCACCGGCCACCAGUCCAAGUUCCUGGUGCCCCUCGCCGACUGCGAGUUUCAGCUCACGUCCGUGCUCGAGGAGCUGUCCAGGGAUUCUUUCAGCGCCCUGCCCGACUGCCGGCCGGCGAGGUGCACGGGAACAGCGGUGGCGGUGGCCGCGACGCUGCUCGCCUCGUCCGUCUCCAACACUCCCGCUCGUGCGAUGCUGUUCGUGGGUGGUCCCGCGACGGACGGCGGCGGCCAGGUUGUGGGUAAGGAGCUCGAGACGGCGAUGCGCUCGCACAAGGACAUCGCAAAGGGCGCGGCGCCGUUCAUGACGAAAGCGACCAAGUACUACGAGACGGUGGCGACACAGCUGUGCACCAACGGGCACUGUCUGGACGUGUUCGCGUGCUCGCUCGAUCAAGUGGGUUUGGCGGAGAUGAAGGUGUGCGCGGAGAAGACCGGAGGGAUGGUGGUGCUCGCAGAGUCAUUUGCCAAUACUGUGUUCAAGACAUCGUUCGCGCGGAUGUUUACCACCGAAGGGGAGGAUGCGCUCGGGGUGAGCAGCGGGGGCGUCUUCGAGGUGAUCACCUCGCGCGACGUCAAGACCGCGGGUUGCGUUGGGCCGUGCGCGGCGCUGGACAAGAAGACCCUCCCUGGAGCCAUCGCGGAUGUGCCCGUGGGCAGCGGGGGAACAACCGCGUGGAAGCUGUGCUCGCUGAGCAACGACACCAGCCUGGCGGUGUUCUUUGAGCCCGCAAACAGGGGCGACGGAAAGGACGGAACGCAAACGGCGCCCCAGCAGCAGUCGCAGCAGUUCUUCCUGCAGUUUGUCACCAUGUGCACGGUGCCGAGCGGGGAGACGCGCCUGAGGGUCACAACCACCACAAGGCGGUGGACGGAGGGUGCCAACGUCAACGACAUCGCGGCGGGUUUCGACCAGGAGGCUGGCGCGGCGCUCAUCGCCAGGCAGCUCACGUGGAAGAUGGAGACGGAGGAUGAGUUCGACUGCCCCGCGGCGACCAGGUGGCUUGAUCGUUCGCUCAUCCGCCUGUGCCAGAGGUUCGGUGACUACCGCAAGGAUGACCCAGCGUCGUUCCAGCUCAUGCCCCAGUUCUCCAUCUACCCCCAGUUCAUGUUCAACCUGCGCAGGUCCCAGUUUGUCCAGGUGUUCAACAACUCCCCGGACGAGACCGCGUACUACCGCAUGAUUCUGUGGCGCGAGAACGUCCUCAACUCCCUGGUCAUGAUCCAGCCCACGUUGAUGGCGUACUCGUUCAACGGUCCCCCCGAGCCGGUGCUGCUCGACGUGUGCUCCAUCGCACCGGAUCGGAUCCUCGUCCUGGAUGCGUACUUCUCGGUGGUCAUCUUCCACGGUCAAACCAUCGCGCAGUGGCGCAAGGCCAACUACCAGGAGCAGCCUGAGCACGAGGCGUUCAAGCAGCUGCUCGAGGCGCCCAAGGCGGAUGCUCAGGAGAUUUUGGGGAGAAGGUUCCCGGUGCCGAGGCUGGUGGACUGCGACCAGCACGGGAGCCAGGCGCGGUUCUUGCUCGCCAAGCUCAACCCAAGUGCGACCUACAACAGCGCGGGGAUGGGAGGAGGGAGCAGCGACAUCAUCUUCACCGAUGACGUGUCGCUGCAGGUGUUCAUGGAGCACCUCAAGCGCCUGGCGGUGGCUUCGUAACUAGCAGCGGGGUUUCAAACAAACAAAGCAAAGGUGUUGAUCCAUCUCAA